AUGGCACCCAAUGGUUGUCGUACUGAUGUUCGACAUUUUCCAUAUCGAUUAGAUUGUAUGAAUUCCAAUAUUAUAAGUAUACCAAAAAUUAACAGUGAUACAACAUGGUCUGAAAUUGAUUUUGAAAAUAAUAAAAUUGAUUUACUAACAAGAUGUCAGUUUAUCAAACUUCGAGUUAAACGUUUAAAUUUAAAAUCAAAUCAUAUUAUUCGAAUACAGGAAUCAACAUUCAAGGACAUUCGUGGUUUAAACGAACUCAUAUUAGCAUCAAAUAAUUUAACAGCACUUCAAGCAGAAAUAUUUUCUGAUACCACUGAAUUAUCUACAUUAGAUUUGAGCAAUAAUCCAUUUCAAAAUUUAGAUAUUAAUGGUCUUCUCGAACAAUUAGAUUCAACAUUAGAAAUACUUAUUUUACGAAAUAUUUCAUCGAUAAAUAAAAAUAUAAUAUCACAGAACUUUAUGAACGGUUCAAACCUAAAAGAACUAGAUUUAAGUUGUAAUGAUCUAAAAAUUUUAAAUGUAGAUACAUUUAACGUUUAA